AUGGUGGGAGAGGCUGGUUUGUUGACUGACUUGGUAUUCGGCUGCGCAGUAGCUGCCUCUGACAAACUGGCUACCUUCUCACAGUAAAAGCCAUUCAGUUGACAAGAUGUCAAUAAUGUAACUAUCGCUGUACAGCUGUUGCCACAGUUUCUGACACAAGAGGAUGAUUGCCUACAGAGGAAUUCCGUGUUAUCCGGCCAAUGUGUAACGUAGCACGACGUGGUUUUAGGUAGCAUUAGCUUAAGUUAUGAGAUUGACAAGAUAGACGGCUAAAGUUCCUCCGGAGAGAGAUGGGUAACACUGGGCUGACAAGAGGUAGUUCAUGCAACAGGUUAGCCAGCUGACUGCGACAUGGAAAUAAGAAUAUUUCCGGAUGGACUUCUGUCAUAAAAUAGUUUUUUCUUUUGGGCUGCAGUCUGAGUGCUGGUUUUAAAGAAGCAGCAGUGUCCGGCUGUAGCUGUCAAACUCUCGUUCGUCCUGGCUGCAGAGCUGGCCUAGGAAGCUAGCAGCAAGAUAGCUAGCUACACGCCUGGCUCAUCUACCAAAGUUUCAUGUUGUUGAUGGCCUCCCUACCAGCCAUGGACACUGUGACUGACACAUGCCCCGCGGUGCACCAAAAUGGCAACGCCCAUCGGGAAUCUCCAGACACACGACCACCUGCUGUUGUUCUGAAGCUUCAUUUCUACCACAGCAGCCAAGGAGCGGCCGACUGCAGCUCCCUCAGCUACCCACCUGGAAACUAUGUUGCUGAGGAGUUGUGUAUAGAUGCAGCCAAGGCGUGCAGUAUAUCACCUCUGUACAGCAACCUUUUCGGUCUCUUCCGAGAGCGAGACCGCUUGUGGUAUUCCCCCAACCACAUCUUUCAGCUGGAAGAACUGGCUUCUGAAGAUGUGUUUUUCAGAAUAAGGUACUACUUCCCUGGCUGGUACAGUGGUGGGGCAUCCCGGGCGUAUCGAUAUGGGGUCGCCAAGGGGUCAGAAAGCCCCGUCCUUGAUGACUUUGUAAUGUCAUACCUCUUCUCUCAGUGGAGGAAUGACUUUGUCAAUGGCUUGGUGAAGAUCCCGAACUCGCAUGAGACUCAGGAAGAGUGCCUCGGUAUGGCUGUACUCGAUAUGUCAAGAACAGCCAAGGAGAGACAGAUGUCACCGCUGGACAUCUACCACACGAUAAGCUACAAGUCUUUCUUGCCAAAAGACAUGAGAGCUCAGAUCCAGGAUUGCAACUUCUUGACACGCAAGCGAAUCCGCUUCCGCUUCAAGCGCUUCAUCCAGCAGUUCAGUCAGUGUCGGGCCACAGCGCGCGACCUCAAGCUCAAGUACCUCAUCAGCAUGGAGUCCCUGGAGAAGGCCUUCUACACAGAGACCUUUCAGGUCCGGGAACCGUCGAGCGGACAGCUCAUCAUCCUGGUGGCAGCGGACAGCGGCAUCCAGUGGUGUCGAGAGAAACUCAAAGAUUCUGACCAGGAGCUGCAGACGUUGUGUGACUUCCCUGAUGUCACUGACAUGAGCAUCAAACAGGCCAGCAAGGAGGGCGCUGCAGAGAGUCGGGUGGUCACCAUCAAUAAACAAGAUGGCAAGAAUCUGGAGCUGGAGUUCCCCAGCCUUUAUGAAGCCCUGUCCUUUGUGUCCCUCAUUGACGGCUACUAUCGGCUGACGACAGACGCACAUCACUACCUUUGUAAAGAAGUGGCUCCUCCCAGGCUUGUGGAGGCCAUCGCUUCCCAUUGCCAAGGCCCCAUCUCAGUGGAGUUUGCCAUCAACCGGCUUCAGAGGUGUGGAAACAAGCGAGGAUUGUACAUUUUGAGAUGCAGCCCUAAAGACUUCAACAAGUAUUUUCUGACUUUCCCUGUUGAGGUGUAUGAGGCUGUCGAAUACAAGCACUGCCAGAUAACCAGGUCUGCCAGUGGGGAGUUUAACCUCAGUGGAACCAAAAGAAACUUCAGCAGCUUGCAGGAGCUUCUCAACUGCUACCAAAAGGAAACCGUGCGCUCUGACAGCGUCAUUUUCCAAUUCAGCAAGUGCUGUCCACCUAAAUCCAAAGAAAAGUCCUGCCUCCUUGUGUGCAGGAGCAACAAGGGCUCCGAAGUGCCUAUAUCUCCGUCUCUACAUCGACACAACAUCAGUCAAAUGGUGUUUCACAAGAUCAGGAAAGAAGAUCUAGAAUUUAUGGAGAGUCUCGGACAAGGGACAUUUACCAAGAUCUUCAAAGGGGUCCGAAAGGAGGUGGGAGAUUAUGGACUCGUGCAUCAGACCGAAGUUGUCAUGAAAGUCCUGGACCAGGCGCACAGGAACUACUCAGAGUCUUUCUUUGAAGCUGCCAGCAUGAUGAGCCAGUUGUCCCAUAAGCACCUGAUCCUUAACUAUGGUGUGUGUGUCUGCGGAGACGAAAAUAUCAUGGUGCAGGAACAUGUGAAGUUCGGUUCGCUGGACACUUACCUGAACAAGAACAAGAACAAGAACUCGAUAAACAUCCUGUGGAAGUUGGAGGUGGCUAAGCAGCUGGCCUGGGCCAUGAACUUCCUGGAAGAAAAGCAUCUUGUCCACGGGAAUGUCUGUGCGAAAAACAUUCUUCUGAUCCGAGAGGACGACUGGCGGGCUGGGAACCCCCCCUUCAUCAAACUGAGUGACCCCGGCAUCAGCAUCGCUGUCCUGCCCAGAGAAGUCCUGAUUGAGAGGAUCCCUUGGGUGCCCCCUGAGUGUGUCGAGGACCCUGCCAACCUGAGCCUGACUGCAGACAAGUGGAGCUUUGGCACCACACUCUGGGAGAUCUGCAGUGGUGGGGAGAAACCUUUAUUAUCACUGGACAACUCUAAGAAAACCCUGUUUUACGAGGAUCGCCACCAGCUUCCUGCGCCGAAGUGGACCGAACUGGCCAAUCUGAUCACCAGCUGCAUGGACUACGAGCCCACGUUCAGGCCCACAUUUCGUGCCAUUAUCCGUGACCUCCACAGCCUCUUCACACCAGACUAUGAGUUGAUCGUGGACAGUGACAUCCUGCCAAACAGGACAGCGGGCUCCAGCUGGUCGACGGGGGGCUUUGAGAGUCAGGAGCCGGCCCAGUUUGAAGAGAGACACCUUAUAUUCUUACAACAGCUGGGCAAAGGAAACUUUGGCAGCGUGGAGAUGUGUCGAUAUGACCCACUUCAGGACAACACUGGAGAGGUCGUGGCUGUGAAGAAACUCCAGCACAGCAGUGCAGAGCACAUACGAGACUUUGAGCGAGAGAUCGAGAUCCUGAAAUCUCUUCAGCACGAGAACAUCGUCAAGUACAAAGGCGUUUGCUACAGUGCAGGACGACGGAAUCUCCGCCUCGUCAUGGAAUAUCUACCCUAUGGAAGUCUGCGAGAUUAUCUCAUGAAGAAUAGGGAGCGGAUCGACCACAAGAAGCUUGUGCAUUACACUUCUCAGAUCUGCAAGGGUAUGGAGUACCUGUCCAGUAAGCGGUAUAUCCACAGAGACCUGGCAACACGAAAUAUCCUUGUGGAGAGUGAGCUGAGGGUGAAGAUUGGAGAUUUCGGCCUCACCAAAAUUCUGCCUCAGGACAAAGAGUACUACAUGGUCAAAGAGCCAGGAGAGAGUCCCAUCUUCUGGUAUGCCCCGGAGUCGUUAACGGAGAGCAAGUUCUCUGUGGCGUCAGAUGUCUGGAGCUUCGGAGUCGUGCUUUAUGAGCUCUUCACCCACAGCGACAAGAACUUCAGCCCUCCAGCAGUUUUUAUGUCCAUGAUUGGGAAUGACAAGCAGGGACAGCUGAUCGUCUAUCACCUCAUUGAGCUCCUCAAAUCAGGCAGCAGGCUGCCUCAACCUCUGGGGUGUCCCACAGAGAUACACGAGAUCACAGAAGAGUGCUGGGACAACGACCCCGGCCUGCGUCCUUCUUUCAAGGAGCUCGCCCUCCGCAUUGACCUGUUCAGGGACAGUAAGGAGUUCUAGACAGAAAAAUCACCCAAACUGCCCUGCACCUCUUCAACCGGGUCGCUCUUAACAUAGCACAGAGACUAAGGCCAAGAUGAGGUCCUUCUCCUGCUAAGUCCCAGCGUGUGGCAAGCAGGAAAUGUUCAGAGAACUGUGGAAGGUGAUGUUGGUUCAGAUAAAGUUUUAAAAGAAGAGUUAAAGAGUUUGUGGAGACUAUGAGUAGACUAUUGCCAGGCCUAAAGCUAGAGAUGCUUGUGUCAAACAAGUUUUGUGUGUGUGUGUGUGUGUGUGUGUGUUGUGAGUGAGUGAGUGAGUGAGUGUAUAUAAACAGCUAGCAGGGCUAGCUCUUGCCAUCCCCUUUUCCCCUCACCUGAAGAGAAAUGGUCUAAUAGAGCCGAGUUGUAUGUAUGUAUGUAUGUAUGUAUGUAUGUAUCUACAGUAUAAUUGUGUACAUAUGUCCAGAACAAUUUUAUAAUUUUAUAAAAUGAAAAUAUAGUAAAUACUAUAUUUGAGCUACCAGCAAGAUGUCAGUUUAAAUGAAGUACAUACAAAGUCGAUUUUAAAAAUCUGUUAUUGUUUUAUGUUUUCAUUGUGAGAGGUGGUGUGAAAAUUAAAGAGCUGAUUAAUAUCUGUGAUAAAA